GCUCAUAGAUAAGUUUUCUGUGUUGAUGAAAAUGUUCUAGGUCUGUAAAAUGUUGAAUAUUUGUUUCAGGAAUAAUAACAGAAAUAUAUUUCUGGUAGCCUUACCAGAAAGAUAUUCCACGUGGUGGUAAUGCCUUGUAUUUCAAACGAACAGUUAUAUGAUGGAAUCCAAAAAUAUCAAACUCUCUCCGACUCAUCACCGUCCGAAAGCUGCGAGAUCGGGUUAUGAAUCAAGCGAUAAUUCCCCCGUAGCACAGAGACAAACUCCAGAAGAAAGAGCAGCAAGAAGAAAAGCAACAUAUGCAUACCUUAAGGAGCAUUUUAAGGUUACACAGUUCAUUAUGGAAUCUGGGGCCAAGUUGAGCCUUCCUCAAAACGCAAUGUCAUCUGCUUGUGUUUUAUACCAUCAGUUCUGGAAAGGCUGUGAUCCUAAAGAUUUUGAUCCUUAUCUUAUUGGGAUGACAGCAAUCUAUCUGGCUUCCAAAGCAGAGGAGUGUCCAUGUAAAGUGAGAGAUGUGAUAAAUGUAUGCUACAGGAGUUCUCAUAAGGACUCUCCAUGUCUUGAGAUUAAUGCACGGUACUGGGAGCUACGUGAGAGUGUUGUCAACUGCGAGUUACUCAUGCUACGAGUCCUGGGCUUCCGUGUUAGCUACGACAACCCACACAAGUAUCUUCUUCACUACCUGAAGGGGCUGCAAGACUGGACAUGCCCAGGCAUGUGGGAGCGAAGUCAGGUCCCACAGAUCAGCUGGUCGUACCUUCUUGAUAGUCACCACAUUCCGCUAUGCCUGGAGUACCCUCCCGCGCAUGUGGCUGUUGCUUUGUUACACUUUGCUGUGGAGUGCGUUGGACUAGAGGUGCCUUCCCAGGAGGCUGUGCGACCUUGGUGGAAGGCACUGUGUUCGGAUGUUACACCUGAACUGAUCCAAAGUAUUACUGAAGAUGUCAUGGAUAUGUAUGACUUUGAAAAUAAACCAGUUUGAUGUAAACUCACCAGUGAUUCCAUGGACAACGCCACAAGUAAGUGGAGUUCCUGUUACUGCAAGUAACAAGUGGGGAGGUAUCCCAAAAAGCCAACUGGACAAGAAGUAGGGGAUACUCCAAUAGAACUUGUGUGAACUUCGGAAAAAUAUCAUACCAGCGAAAUCCUAUAGAGAGGGACAAAUGGUCAGGUGUUGAUAUCCCAACUGAUAAAAUUGUUUAUCGCUACACCAUUUCUUAAAUGAUGAAGUAAGAGCGAAUCAACAGCGAGGAGGGAUACUUAGCGGAGAAAAGAAACAUUUGAUCAGAUAGUUUAUGAAGUGAGGCCACGGAUAAAACCCAACAGAUAAACGCAACGGAAGAGAUGCCACAGAAGAAACGCCACAGA